AUGUCUCAUCUCAUGGACACCAUACUAGCACUAGGAACGCGCACGACAGUUCAAGGUGGAAGUGGAACAACCGCCCAACCAAGCAGAUACAACUUCACCUGGGAUCACCCAGUCAACAGUCACUGCGUACCCUCCGGGGGGAGAUCACCUACUCCCAGGCCAAAGGAAGCGAUGGCAAUGUUAUACGUGAGCUGUCUUACGCGACCGAGCAGGCGGAAGUUCUACACGCGCAUAUACCGGAAUCGUGAUGCGAUUUCCAAGCUCGUUGCUCAUCACCUCAGCAUCUACCCUUCAGCUUGUCAAGUGGAAGUGGAAGAACCAAAGAAAUGGAUGAGUGGUAGCUUCAACCUCUGCGUCCCUGUCAACGUCAAUACUUUUACGACGCAUUUCAUCGAGGAAGCAGAUGGAAGGAUGCUUUCAGAUGACUGGCGUGACAAGCACGAUGAUGAUCAGACACUACGGAUGAAUUUGUUCCGAAACCUUGCAAAAAUCAUCCUCACCCUCAGCCACAGGCCCUUGCCGAAAAUUGGAUCCUUCACGAUUGAUAAUGAUGGUUUUCUACGACUAGAAAACAGGCCUCUCGCUGCUGCUAAGUCGACAAUUGUGGAAAACGAGGAGACACCUCUUGAUAUCCCCCGAGAUCGUGUGUACCCUACAGUUGACUCUGAUGUUAACGGUAUCUUAUCCGUCCACGAUAGUUACUUACGCUACCAGCCAAAUUCACUCGCUUGUGUUGCAGAUUGUGUCACUCAAAUGUCAGCAUUAUCCAUGAUGCGCGCUCUAUCAGCCCGGUUUCUCGAGCCUGGUCUGAACCAUGGACCAUUUUAUCUUAGCUUGACUGAUUUACACGCAAGCAACAUUCUUAUUGAUGACGACUGGAAUAUCAAGUAUCUGAUUGAUCUUGAGUGGGCCAUUUGCGCAACCAUUGGAAUUCUUGCAGCUGCCUUACUGGCUAACUGGCGAGACUGGGGAUGA